CGCAAUAAAUUGGAUGAACUUACAACAAAGAAUUGGCAGAAUUAGUAUUAAUACUUAAUCCACCUGGACCAGAAAAGAUCUAGUCAAAGCCAUUUUAAAUAAUUUUUAUUGUCGCGACCUUUGGAUGAUUUUCGAGUAAAAGGAAAACAUCAAUAGAUUUUCAGGGUCAUCUUGUCCUGAAACUAAAGCCUGGACGCGUCUAAUAUUCACUAAGACUAAGGCGGCCAGGCUGUUGUGUUACAGUAGUAUCAUACUUAUUGCGGCAACCACCAAUCCAGAAAUUACAACACGGACUCUCAAUAGAGCCCCAAAUACUCAAAAUGGAUAUUGAUGAAGAUGAUGAUUUUUAUGCGCCGGAGGAGAGUGCGCCAAUUUCAUUAAAUGAAGCCGAUCCAGCAGAAACUGCGCAGCAUGAAGUCAAAUCCGACCAGCAGGAGGAAGAUUUAGAGGAAGGCGAGGAGGAAGAUGAGGGAGAAGAUAGUGAUUCGGUACGAUAUGGCUACAUUGAAGCUUUGUAAAGCUGUCGCUGAUACAUACAUAGGACAUAGAUAUUAUAACAGAAAAGAAAGAUGGCGCUCCACCCUCAAAACCCAAGUACGUUUCGCGCCCAGCUCAGAGCUCAGAAUUAAUGUGAAAAUAGAGGCGCAAACUACGAUAAUCUUCCAAGUGAUCUUCCAAGUCAUACGAAAUCCAAAACUGAAGCAGAUGCGAAAGCUCCCGCUGUGAAAACUGAGAAACCAAAGAAAAGCUCCGAGACUCAAGCAAUAUCUGGUGCAGAGUUACCUGGUUUGGCAAUCUCGAAAAUCGAUGUAAAUGCGAAGCCCAUGUAUGAGCCAGCGGGAAAACCAAUUACACAAAUCAACAUUGAUGAAGGUAUUUAUCCUCUCUCAAUCUCACCAUCACACAUAUAAUUAACCUCAAAUUCUCCAGACCUCAAUGAAAAUGAUAAACCUUGGAGAAGACCCGGCACAGACAUAUCCGACUAUUUCAACUACGGUUUUGACGAAUUUACCUGGGCUCUCUACGCCAAUAAACAAGAAUCUUUGCGCUCGGAAUUCGACCCCAAUAAAAUUGCACAGAAUAAUAAGAAAAUGUUUGAGGAUAUGAAUAUGAUGAUGGCAAUGGGUGGAAUGCCCGGUAUGCCAGCUGGAGGCGGAAUGCCUGGAAUGGAGGGAAUGACACCAGAAAUGAUGCAACAAAUGCAACAAAUGAUGGCGGCGAGUGGGAUGGAUCCUAGCCAGAUGGAUCCCUCAAUGUUUGGGGGCUCAAAUCCAGCGGGCGGGGCAGGUGGAUUUGGAGGUCAAUUUGGUGGUGGAGGUUUUGAUCAGAAUUUGAUGGGGUCUGGUGGUGACAAUAGUAAUCGUGGGGGAGGCUUUGGAAGAGGCAGAGGUAGAAGGGGAAGAGGAAAUUGGUAGACAUGAUAUACUUCAUAGGUCAUGUCUGUUCAAAUUUGGGAGGCAUCUCAAUUAGUGCCGAAGUAUACCCAGGUAUUGUACAACAGACUUCAACUUGUAAAAGGGGUUUAGACAGCCUCCUUGUCUCAAGCGACCACGUGAUGGAGAGUGAUAAUUAGUUUUUCACAAAUCAGUCUUAUCAGGUCUUCUAGGGGUAUUUUAUGACACUUGGGAAUGAUAUUUCAUGUAUCAUGAUAUAUCAAUGGUAGGAAAAGCGUGUUAUCUUUCAUGUGUAAACCACACCGCGUUGCCACAGGCAGCACGAAGUAAUGAAUGAGAAUUCUUUUCGUCUCAAGUGGAAUUGUAAUGUGCAUGAUAUUAUGUCUUUACUUAGUAUUUUGUUUAAUUGGAGUUUUGGAGU